GACGCGGUUGGCGAAGUGGAAGCCCCGCCGUCAAUCAAAUUAGGAAAAAAAUAAAUAAAAAAAACGGAUCUAUAGCGAGCGCCGACAGCGAUUAAAAUAAUCAUGCUUGGAUUGUAAUUAAACGCGGAAAUCAGGAUUAUUUUUGAAAGAACUCACGUAAUGACCGGUACGUAUGAGUUUGAAGAGCGUGAGAAGGGUCGCUUUGAAUCUUUGUGCUGGCUCUGUUUAUGCGCCUGAAGGGCCAGUGAAAGCGGGAGUCAUGGCGGACAGCAGCAGCGCUCAGGACGGCGGCGGUGCAGAGCAGGACGGCCAGCCCUCGCCGCUCGCCCUGCUCGCCGCCACUUGCACCGGCCUCGGUUCGCCCGCCCCCGGGGGAGAGAACGGGGCCACCUCUAAUAAUUCUGCCGGAGUGAACGCAGACCUCGCAGUGCAGUUAACAGGGUCAUCGGAAAGGUGGGAAGCGUUAAAGGAUGAUUCAGGUGUCUUACAUCUCCCCGGCACCGGUAUCGUCACAUCCAACGGACAGUAUGUUCUUCCUCUCCAGAGCCUCCAGGGUCUCCAGAACCAGUCCAUCUUACUGACGUCAGGGACCGAUGGGUCCACCGGUGCAGUGCCUAACAUUCAGUACCAAGUGAUCCCUCAGGUGCAGACGGCCGAUGGGCAGUUGGGUUUCUCUGCUUCAGCGGUUGAGGGGGGCUCAAUGGCGCAGGACGCCUCAGGGCAGAUCCAGAUCCUCCCAGACGGCACCCAGACCAUCAGCAUUACAGGAACAGCAUCAGCCGAUGUGCUCAGCAAUAGUCAGAACCUCAUGACCCAGCAGUUGUCUCUAGGAAGUUCUACCUUCAGCAGUCAGGGUCAGGUGGUCACUAACGUGCCUCUAGGUUUGCCUGGUAACAUUACCUUUGUGCCCAUAAACAGUGUCGAUCUGGACUCUCUAGGCCUCUCGGGGGCCCAGCCAAUUGCAACUGGCGUCACAGCGGACGGACAGCUGAUCAUGACCAAUCAGAGCGUGGAGAACUCAGAGGGCUCAGAGAAAGCAGGAGAACAGCAACAACAGACGUUCAACUCUAAUGCAACCGCAGACAUGUUUGUGCCUACUACAUCUUCAGCGUCCGCCUCAUCCUCACAGCAACCAGCCAGCACGAUAGACGGCACGGGCGUGCUCACACAGCCUACAGCAGGUGAGCAGGGGGACGGAUCGGCCUACCUCAGUCAGGGAGCGGUACAGUUGUCAGGAGGACAGCAGGUGAUCCAGUUACAGCAGUUGCCCUUGCAGACCAGUGAUAGUCAGAUGUCUGCUCUGGGCCAGCCGUCUUUGCAAAACGUCCAGUUCAUCAACCCAGGAACCUUCCUCAUCCAGGCCCAAACGGUCACACCAUCAGGACAGAUACAGUGGCAGACUUUCCAGGUCCAAGGAGUUCAGAACCUCCAGAAUCUUCAGCUCCAGACGGCUCCAUCUCAGCAGAUUACUCUUGCCCCGGUGCAGACACUCUCUCUGGGUCAGGGCAGUACACCGGUUAGCCUGACCUCAGGACAGAUGCCUAACCUGCAGUCAGUGACAGUGAAUUCCGUGGGUCAGGCGGGUGUUCAGUUCCAGCAGUCUGAGGACACAGACAGCACUGGAGAUAUUCAGAUUAAGGAGGAGCCUGAUUCGGAGGAGUGGCCUCUGGACAGUAGCUCUACGCUGAAUGCCAAUGACCUCUCUCACCUUCGUGUUCGUUUAGUGGAGGAGGAGAUGGAGGGCUUGAGCCAGGAGGGCAAACGUCUGCGCAGGGUCGCAUGCACCUGCCCCAACUGCAAAGAGGGAGGAGGGAGGGGAUCUAACAUGGGCAAGAAGAAGCAGCACAUAUGUCAUAUACCCGGCUGUGGUAAGGUGUAUGGAAAGACGUCUCACUUGCGAGCUCACCUGCGCUGGCACUCAGGGGAGAGACCCUUUGUCUGCAGCUGGAUGUUUUGUGGAAAGAGAUUCACACGCAGUGAUGAAUUACAGCGACACAGGAGAACACACACUGGAGAGAAGAAGUUUGUAUGCUCUGAGUGUUCGAAGAGAUUCAUGCGCAGCGAUCAUCUGGCCAAACACAUAAAGACCCACCAGAAUAAGAAGGGAGGGGGCGGAGCCGUGGUGACCAGUGUGGGUGGGGCCGUUUCCUCCAACAGCAUCAUCACGGCGGGGGGUACAACACUCAUCCUUACCAACAUCCAGCCAGGCGCCGUGCAGGGUCUGGCCACGGUAAACGCCACCGUCAACACCUCUAGCUCACAGGACCAGCUCACCACAGCUGAGAUUCCUCUGCAGUUAGUCUCUGUGUCCACCAAGGAUGCCGCAGAGUGACUACAUGACGGCUGCAGUGAGUGAGAGCACAUGUGAUGAGUCUUACGGGGAAAACCGCCGCUUUGGAAUGCGACCGAACAUUCAAUUGGACCGCCAAGGCUCCGCCUCUUCCGGUACAACAUCACAUCCUCUUCUCCCUCAACCUCAGACUUUAGUUUAACUAUGUCGAUUCCACGCUCACGCAUAUACCUUGCUUUUAUACCUUUACAUAUUUACCCUCCUUUACGUAAAUAUGUAUAUUUACGUGAAUGCAUAUUAUACACACACACAUAUAUAUAUAUAUAUAUAUAUAUAUAUAUAUAUAUAUAUAUUUUACAAAUAUAAAAUUAUGGGGGUUUUUGUUCAUCUAUUUACGAGGGAAGCAUUAUUUCUUGUUUUAACAUACAACACUGAAAUGCCUUAUAUUGUUUUAUAAGCUGUAGUGUACAAAGCUAGAGUUCAUUGUGGGUGUUUAAACAGCUGUUUCGGUGUGUAUUUGUUGGAAUGGGUUUAAUCGUGUUGUAUAAAGGAUGCAGCAGUGGUAAGAAACGGGUGGCUAAUGUUAGAAUGGUUCACCCAAAAAUGAAACGGCUGUAAUUAUUUGUUCACCUUCAUGUCAUUUAAAACCCAUUUGCUGUUUGUUUUUCUUUUCCGUGGAACAUAAAAGUAAAAAAGUAGAUGCAGCUCAGCAUCUGUCAUGCUCCAAAAGGUGCGCGCGCACACACAAAAACACCAUAAAAGUAAAAUUUUCAAAAAGUAUAAAUUCGGCCAUAUGACUCGUGCAAUAUUCCAAGUUUUCGGAAGCCAUAUGAUAGCUUUGUGCGAGGAUCAGACCGACAUUUAAGUUAUUCACUUUUUUGGUGGAUGAAAAUCAGUGGAAAACGACCAAAAGUCUGUUUGUCACUCAAAGCUGCCGUAUGGCUUCAGAAGGCUUGGAAUAUAGUGCAUGAGUGGUAUGGACUACUUUUAUUAUGUUUGUGCUUUAUUGGAGUCCUUUUCAGAGUUUGAUAGACAUCACUAUGAACUGUUGUUGUAUGGAAAGAGUUGUGAAAAGUUCUUCAAUUCUUUCAUGUUCCUCAGAAAAUAAAUAAAUAACAUGAGGUGCUUGUGAAUAAUGGCAAUUUAAAUUUUUGGGUGAACUAGUCCUUUAACUUCAAUAGGUCGUAAGUGAUAUUUGUGGUGUAAGUUCUCCAUAUAUGGAGGAAGAUGUAAAUCAAAAUGGUGUUCGAGUGAAGUCUGCCCUUCUGCUGUCGGGAGUUAUGAAGGUGUCCAAUUGUGUUUUUAAAUGUCUAAUUUCUUUGGCUCAUUUUGAAAAUGAAUUUCUGAUUUUAUUUUCAUGUAGUUUUAUUUUGUGUAGGUAAACCCAGGCCCGACAAAUGAGGAAUAUAAAAACAAUCAUGUAAUUAAAAAUAUUUUAUGUAUCGUAAUUCUCAAACCUCUUGCGGUCGAUCGUAUCGUAUUGAGCAAAAUGAUAUUUAUAUACAUUGUUGUCUGGAUUUGUGGGGACUUCAGCUACUUUUCUAUGGGGAAAAAAAUCCCUUUGGCUUCUUUUUUUUAAAGAGCUGGACUAUAAUCCGAGUCAGGAAUCAUUUGUAUGAAAUUAACUGGUUUGUAGUUUGCCAAAUCGAACUUAAUUCACACUCUUUGUUAUAGUAGACCGAUAAAAACAACUGGUUCGUAAUGUCUGUUUGUUUGGGGCAUUCAUUUGUAGAACUGUAUUUCAUGUUUCUGGACCAAAAGAGCCUCAGUUGUGUCAAAAUACUGGGGCAAGGAUCAAUAAAAUC